AUGAACUGGCUCGAGAAAAUAUUCCCAAAUUGCUGCCAAAGCCGAGAUACAAAGAAAAAGAAUCCUAAUAGCAUGCUUGAGCAAUCAGAGCUAGACAUCAGCAUUGUAAAUUUGAAGAAAAGCCAAACUCAAGCAGAAUGCCCAAGUCCGAACAUGUCUGAAGAGACAAGUGGCAGCUCAUUUGAUUACAGGACAAUCAUGAAAGAAGAAUAUAAAUUCUUCGAAUCAGGCACAGAAAACUCACUGGAUCAGAUUUCACUCGAUUCCCAAGGUAGUGUUGUUGUUCGUGAAACGAAAAAUUCUAUGAUAAGGCUAAAACCUUGCUUUGAAUGCAAAGAUGUAGAAAAAAAUAAAAUAGAAAAGGUACAAAAUGACGCACAAAACUUAUUUUCUAAAUUCCAGUGUGUAGUAUGUGGAGGCAAUGCGACUGGCUUUUGCAUUGGCUGCCUUGAUAAAAGGUAUUGUAAAUCGUGCCAUAUUAAAACUCAUUCAUCAAAAUCAGUCAUUCAUCAGUUUUGCUCCUAUAGCAGGAAGACAAAAGGCCCUUAA